AUGGGUGUGGAGUACGUCCGAUCCGUCCACGGGCUUCUGAGCAUCAUAAUACUGGUAAUUCUACGACCUUAAAUAGAUGCAAAGUCGUAAAAGCAAGACUUCGCUAUAAAAUUAGAUAUAAACUAUUAUUUUUGUCGCUGGAUAUAACUUUGAAUACGCAUUUAGCUACUCGGAUCAGCCUCAUUAUUUGCUGGCUACUUUGUCUGGAACGAGGGGACUGUCUACUUUUUGUUUUACCUUGGAAAUAAACCAUUGGUUACUUUGGUGUUGAUCUUAAUCACUGUUUGUUGGUUUGUUACUGCUCUUAUUUUGGCAGCUCAAAUUAUCGGAAAAGAUCUACUAGAGCAAUUGGGUAAAAUCAGGGUAAGUCUCGAGCCAUUUUGUUGGUUUAUCAGGCCCGGCCGUAUGCCUUUGACCAAGGAUUCUUUCGGAUGACUGAAAUUUACGGAAAUUUUACGAAAAAUUUUAAUUUUUAAUUUGUUUUCCAUGUUAUGGACAAAGAUUAGAAUAUUCUAAGUUUAGUAGUAAUGUAGGAAGAUUUACUUUUUAUUGUGUAAUAUUAUACAUUUUGAUAUGACUUUAGGUCUUGAUCGUCCAUGCCCUAUGCGGUCUGUUAAUCCUUGGUGCCGCUGUCUGUAACUGCUAUUACUUAUCGAAUACAGCGAAAGAUCACUUUUACUAUCCUCGGAUGAUAGCAGUAGUCGUAAGUGUUCAAAUCAUCAUUUUUUGUUAUUACUUUUGUCUCAUUUCAGGUGUGUAAUUUCUUAAUGUUAAUCGCAUAUGUUGGCCAAAUUGUGUUCGUGGCCUUACAGUAA